AUGAAGGACCGAACCCAGGAGCUCCGCACGGUGGAAGAGAUCCGGGGCUUUAUUGACAAGAUUGCCGAAAAUGUGGAGGAGGUGAAGCGGAAACACAGCGCCAUNCUGGCCUCCCCGAACCCCGAUGAGAGCAUUGAGCAGAGCAUCGAGCAGGAGGAAGGUCUGAACCGCUCAUCAGCGGACCUGAGGAUCCGGAAGACGCAGCACUCCACGCUGUCCCGAAAGUUUGUGGAGGUCAUGUCCGAGUACAACGCCACUCAGUCAGACUACCGAGAACGCUGUAAAGGGCGCAUCCAGAGGCAGCUGGAGAUCACCGGCCGGACCACGACCAGUGAGGAGUUGGAAGACAUGCUGGAGAGUGGGAACCCUGCCAUCUUUGCCUCUGGGAUCAUNAUGGACUCCAGCAUCUCGAAGCAGGCCCUCAGUGAGAUUGAGACCAGACACAGUGAGAUCAUCAAGCUAGAGACCAGCAUCCGGGAGCUGCAUGACAUGUUCAUGGACAUGGCCAUGCUGGUGGAGAGCCAGGGGGAGAUGAUCGACAGGAUCGAGUACAAUGUGGAGCAUGCCGUGGACUACGUGGAGAGGGCCGUGUCAGACACCAAGAAGGCCGUCAAGUACCAGAGCAAGGCGCGCAGGAAGAAGAUCAUGAUCAUCAUUUGCUGUGUGAUUCUGGGCAUCAUCGUCGCCUCCACCAUCGGGGGCAUNUUUGGAUAGAAACCACCCCACCCACCGCUCCAUUCUGGAUGGGUCUCCCUGAGGAGGCCCCUGGCUGCUGCACCUAGCUGGGUUGCCCUCCCCACUCCUGCCUUGUGGCUGGGAGACCUUUUCCCUCCCAUCCCACACUGCUCCCUCUCUGCCAUGAGGCUCCCGUCCCCACCACCCUGCCCCAAGCCGUGUCGUGUGCAUGAUCUUGUGACAGUGUGUGUCUGUACAGGAGGCAGAGGGGAGCAGGAUUGGGAACAGCCAGAGUGGCUGGGUACAGGCCAGUGCAGGGCAAGACUCGGGCCCUGGCCAGGUCUGCCUUUCUUCAGCCUGGGGUCUACACUUCCCUGGGACUCAGGCUCCUUUCUGGACCCCAACCUUGCCCUCACUUGCCCCGUCCUCUGGCUUCUCCAGCUCUUCCCACCAUGCCAAGGCACCUGGAAGGUGGGGACCAGCUGGUCACAUGGUGCUGCUUUUCAGGUUAGGGGUGGGGAUAGCUCAGCACUGAGUCUUUGUUAGCUGCCCCUUGCCCGGAGGCUCAGGGUGCCACGGCUGCGGGUGUUAGGAGCACCUAGUACCCUCUCUUUGGGCAAAGCCUGACAGUGUCUCUGGCCCUGGGAGUCGUGUUCCUGGGCUGGGCCUGAGCCUAGUGACCCUUUACUAAGGAGCUUAGUGGUGUCAUCUCCAGCUUUGCGUUGAGCUGGAGGGAUGGAGCAGGCCAUGGUCCUAACAGGCAUGGUAAGUUGUGGCCAGAGUUGCAUGUUGGGGACAGCAGUUCCCUGCGCCCUUUAUGCUCUGAAAGCCAGGUGUCACUUUAGGCCUGCAGUCUCACCCUGCCCCGUCUCCCAUUGAUGUGCCACGUGGUGUCAGGUGUACUGGAUGCAGUAUUCAGCAGCCAGCUGGGGAGGGGGCUCCCCACUUCCCUCCCCUGCCAUCUUGGGGCUUCUCAGAGUCAAAACUGUACCCCCCNCCCCAGGACCCCUUUCUCGCCCACAGGCAAGGAGUAUGCAUGCGAGUGCAUGCAGCGGGAGCUGGGGCCGUGUCUGUGUGCCCCCUUUCCCUCAGCUUUGCUCCUGCCCAGUGACUGUGACCACUGUCCGUGCUGCCUUCUCUCACGGCCACCUCCCUUUACCCCUUCACCAAAGGUCUUGGUACAACCAGCUGCCCAUUUUGUGAGAUUUUUAUGUAGAAUAAACAUUUGUAUCUGUA